AUGGCUGCUCACCCUUCCUGGUCUAUCUUUAACUUCAGGUUGAAGAACGGCACUAAUCAGAAGGUCAUAUUCGUCUUCCAUGGAGACGUUGAUGACAGAACAAGAUUCACGCCGGCCUCGCUGCCCAUAUGUUUGCACUUGGGAAACGGGGAACGAACAUGGCGAGGCGACCACAGGCCAUAUCUCCGGGGUUCAAAUGCCGACGAAUGGGUUGACCGCGCAGUGAGGGCCCGUAAUACGAUUCGUGAACCUGACGACCCUUACGAUCCCGAUUUUGACCCCGACUUUCUUAGGGUCCCAGAGGUGCAGGAGGGGGUCGAACCAGCGCCGCCGCGUUGGCCUAUAGUUUUUCUUCAACAGAAAAAGCAGCGGGUCAUCCGCUGGAUUCAGCGUGACAGCGUUUAUAAUUCGUUGUAUGCCUUGACACGGAAUAUGGUCAUAAUGACUUUAGUCCUUACGGCCAUAUUCCUCGUCUCGGUUAACCCGAACACCCCCCAGACUACAGGUCCAAAACGCGUCAAGAUUAACGAGGGUCCCAUCUCGAUUAUCACGCAGUACGUGCCCUUUAUAUCCCAUGAGGAUUCAGAGGUGCCCUUAACUGGUGAAAAUCCGAUGGUCACCCAAAAUGACGCAGGUUUAAUCACUGCAGCGCCGAUUCAAUCUGACAGCGGUCCUUUUACUGCCGUGCAGACCAUGCCUGUCCCACAAAGCCUAUUAGACCUGGUAUCUCAACACCACGGGGUCAUCUACGAUAGCUGGUCCUAUAUGCAUCGCGAAUUUGUUGAGGAUACCAGGUUUCUCGCCAGAAGAUUGACGGUGUUUACCGCUCCAAAAAUGUCGACAAGUCAAUCAAAGGUCGACGAAUCGGAUGUCUUGAACAUCAUGACCCGAUUGAACACCAUCCAAGAGACCUUGAAUGGACAGAAAAAGAUUUGGAGUCAAUGGAAUGGUCAGGCAUUGACAAACUUGGUCAAUCUGGCAACCUGGUGGAGUUGGGACGACAGUAAGUUCGAUCCCGAACGCUUCCUCCUCUCGAGAAUCCCGGCUAGCGACACAGCUGUGGCCCUCAAGUCAUUCGAAAGCACGGUCGUACCUCGCAACGCCCGUGUACAGAAGCUACUCGAUCAGGUCGUGUGCUCUGGUAGCGACGGCGAUAUUCCCUGGGAAGGUUUGCGCGCGCACUAUGCCGAAGUCGGUAAAAGCUUCAACUCGGCUCGCGCAGACAUGAGGGAGAUCGAGGUUCUCGUACAGGAGCUUCGGGGACGGCGGACUGAUGGUGGGGCCUUGGCCAUGCGCAUGGACGACGUCCUGGUCGCUGUCGGAAAAGCCCAUCAUGUUGCUACUCGCGGAAUCAACGCCGCGAAAGCUAUGACGGAUGGUUUAGAGGCGGUGUGUCUGACGAGUGAAAAGACCGCGCAGCUUGGAUGGCGCCUGAACCCGCGUGAUCAUGAGGAUCUGGUGAGGAAGUUCCUACCUCAGAGUCAAUCGGGGGUCAGGAACAUGCUUCCGGCAUUCAUGAAAACCGCGGAUGCAACGGAGCUAUGGCUUUCCAGCGAGAUCAGCGAGAAGGCCGUCGAUGAUGUAACCGAGGCUGCUUGGAUCGUCUGGAGUUCUGAUGAGAAACCAGACCCGAAGAAGGAGCCGGUUAGGAGGAAUAGGUAG